CCCGGGGCAAACUCGAAGGCUGGGUAUGCAUUCCUCGGGGCAAGUAGACUGAAAGCGUGUUUACGCCACAACCACCUCUGCUUAUGACCCACUGCCAUCCCCCGAAUAUUCCUGAGUCCGGCAAGGUGCCUAGCAACCGGUGUUCGCCCAUGCCGCUAAUGCCGGCAGACCUUCCCCGCCCGAGAGUCCCACAAGUCCCGGUUACCCAUGUCACGCAGGCGUUCGCGCUCUACCCCGAACGGCCGGGAAUGACCUCCAAGUCGAACCUGUUCAAGGACGAGGCACUCCUGGGCACCGAGCUGGACCACACAGUGCAGUCGACGUCAGCUAGUGUGAAGAGCAAGCAGCAGCCGAGGGAGGAGCGGUUCGCUGGGAAGAUGGCGGGCAGGGAGGGGUGGUGCUUCGGCCAGCCUUGCGUUUAGUUGUAUGGCUGUUGUUGGAGGUGCUUAUGGCGUGAAUAGCUGUUCACGAUGCGUUUUGACUUUAUGGACGACCUGCUGGAUAUACGGGGAAUCCGAGGGGACCUACCAGCAUCAUGUUCUCUCACCCUGUGGGCCCUAUGCGUAAUGU